AGAGGUGGUGUCUUUGAGAAGGUGUAAGUUUCAGGGCCUCUGGUAUCUGUCUGAGCUGGUGUUGAUCUGUGAACCUGAACUCAGAAUGAAGAUCCUCCUCGUCUUUACCCUCUUCCUGAUUUCAGUAGGUGGAGGAGAAUCAGAGAGAGUGACAGGAUAUUCAGGAGGAGGAGUCCUCAUCAAGUGCACAUAUGAGAGACAAUACAUAUCAACCCCAAAAUAUCUCUGCACGGGUUUAUGGCCCUUUCUGACGAAUCAAAUUUGGACAAACGGUAAAAAUGAGUGGAUGAAUAUGGGGAGAUUCUCACUGUUUGAUGACACCAGAGCUGCACAGUUCUGGGUGUUGAUCAGAGAGCUCACUGUAGAGGAUUCUAGAACGUACUACUGUGCAGUUGGAAAAUCUGGCAUUGACGUCUACACACCAGUGAACCUGAAUGUAAAGGAAGGUCAAUACCAUGCGAAGAGCAUCAAUGUGACGGUUCAUGUAGGAGACAUUCAGAACAUCAGCUGCAGAUACCCACGAUUCCCUGAGUUUCUCUGCAGGAGAGUGGGCCAUGAUAAUUGUAAUCAUAAUAUAACUGUUAAUGAGAGUAAAAUAUGGAUGAAUGAGGGAAACCUUUUUCUGCGUGAUGAUGGAAAGGAAAUCUUGACCGUGAACAUCAACAGUCUGACUGAGGGAGACUCUGGUGAAUACUGGUGUGGAGCUGAAUUUGACUGGACAUCUGACCAUGGAUACAAGGUUUAUAUUAAACAGGACAGCCUUACUAAUUCUGAUCAGACAGCAACAUCAUCCUUAUCACCAUCAAGCACUCCACAGACUCCAAUAACAGCCUCCUUUUCAACGUCUAAAACUACAGUGAACUCCUCGUUUGAGACAUCAACAGAUAUUCUUCCACAACCAUCGGCAAACAUCACUUCAGUGACCACAAAACCAACCACAUCCUCAACUUCUAAAACCACACCGUCUUCAUUCUCUGCUACAGUUUCCUCUGUGGCGACUCUCUUGGCUGCGAUUCUGGUGGUGUUUCUAAUUGGACUCUUUGUCUUCAUGCUUAUUAUUAUGCUUAUUCUUUAUCUACAAAAGAAGUGUAAGACUCAAGGUCCAGCCUCAACCCAAAGCUAACCUGUCAGAGAGCCCUCCUAUGAUAGGAUUUUUCUAUCUGUCUAUGAGGAAAUUAAAGACAUUCCUGUCUCAGAUGCUGGAGUUUCCACAGUCUACUCUACUGCUCAACUACCUACAAACACCUCAGAACCUUCUCA